AUGACUCAUCCCUUCGAGCAAAUCGAGAAACCUUGGUUCAAGAGACUGAAACCGGACACUUUGCUCGAAUCAAUGAGCACAAAAAGGUCACGAGUAUGCCAAACCACGCUUAAACCGUCAGUUUAUCCACGUUCUGCGCAUCCAAAAGGAAAAAGUUUCUGGCCAUUUGUAAUUCCAGCACAUUCUAGAUGGUUCGAUUUCGAUAAAAUCCAUGAAAUUGAAAAAUUAGAGUUUCCUGAGCUGAAAGAAUACGAAAAUCAAGAAGAAUAUAAAAAUAUUCGCAACUUAUGCGUUAAACUCUUCCGUUUAUUCCCCACACAACCACUCAGAGUCACAACCGUUUGUCAUAUUCACGGUGGAAACUUUCCUUUAAUUAAACGAAUUCAUAGGUUCUUAGCUUUAUGGGGAUUGAUCAAUUUCGAGAACUCUCUUCAAGGAGAAUCAGAUGUUACACCUGAUGGAAAGACGCUAUCUGAUGAAUAUUCAUUAAUUUUCGAUCAAAGAUUAAUUUUCCAACAAAACAACAUACAGACUCAUCAUUUGACAAUGCCAUGCACUCUUUGCAAAUCUGAGUGCUCUGAUGGUCAUUUCCUUUCUAAAAAAUACCCAGGUAUCGUUUUAUGUCCUAAAUGCUUUACAAACAGCAUUGCUUUUAAGCAAAUCGGUGCAUCACACAUUGCUUUUGAAUUUAGGACUUUCAAUCAGCCUCAAAUGCCUCCAACAACCAUUUUAAAUGCCGAAAUACAGAAAAGACUCGCCGAUCAGCUUGAAAAAGGCAUAACUGACUGGGCAAUGGAGUCUAAUGAGAUCAACAAGGCUCCUGUUACAAAUACUCAGCAGAAACCCAAUACAUCGCCUUUAGAUUGUUUAGUUACAGCUCUUAGAUUCAAAGAAGGUGAUUUUACUACUAUGAACUCUGUAAUGAGUCAUGAGUUCCAACAUAAGUCGGAUCUCAACGAAUUUUUCGAAUUUAAUGCAGAUCCUGAGACAGAAACACCAGAAAUGCCAGCAAUGGAUGAAAAACCAAACUGGGAUGAAAUUGAUACUGAAAUUGACGAAAUUACCGCUGAAACAAAGAAUUCUUGUAUCCAAAAGUCUAAAAAUGCUUAA